AUGAAGAAACGAACUGCGAUUAUCGUUGGGGCUGGUGCCGGUGGGGUGGCUACGGCUGCUCGUCUGGCAAAAGAAGGCUUCAAAGUCACUGUGGUGGAGAAGAACGGAUUCAUUGGCGGUCGAUGCUCGCUUAUCCAGGAGAAUGGCUAUAGAUUUGAUCAAGGACCGUCUCUCCUUUUGCUCCCGAGGCUCUUCGUGGAUAUCUUCAAAGACCUCGGUACUUCAAUGCAGGAUGAAGGAAUUCAAUUGCUCAAGUGCGAGCCCAACUAUCGGAUCUGGUUUGGGGACCAUGACCGAGUUGACAUGUCAACGGAUUUGGCCAAAAUGAAACUGGAAAUAGAGCGCUAUGAAGGCGACACAGGGUUUGACCAGUACUUGUCGUACAUGAAAGAGUCUGCCCAGCACCACGACCUAUCCAUGGCCUAUGUCAUGAAGAAAAACUUCACAAGCCUCUUCAGCAUGCUUCGGGCUGAGUUCCUGUUCUCUACCCUGCCACUGCAUCCAUUUGAGAGCAUAUACAGCCGGGCGAGCAGAUAUUUCGCUUCGGAAAAGAUGAGACGAGUUUUCACUUUUGCAAGCAUGUAUCUUGGGAUGAGCCCCUUCGAUGCCCCGGCCACAUAUUCGUUGCUCCAGUACUCCGAGCUUGCUGAUGGUAUCUGGUAUCCAGCUGGUGGGUUCCAAGGAGUCCUAGAGGCAUUGGCGAAUAUCGGGAAGCGCUUGGGAGUGAAGUAUCUCCUCAACCAGCCUGUAUCAUCAAUCCAGCUUUCCAAAGACGGGCACACAGCAGUUGGAGUGAAACUAGGGUCCGGCAAGACUUUGACUGCAGAUACGAUUGUUAUCAAUGCCGAUCUCGUCUACGCAUAUAACGAGCUCCUGCCAAUCUCUCCUCUGGGUAACGACUUGAAAACGCGACCUUCGUCAUGCAGUACUAUUUCGUUCUUUUGGUCCUUCGAUCGCGUCAUUCCAGAACUGCAGCCACAUAACAUCUUUUUGGCAGACGAGUACCGGGAAAGCUUUGACUCGAUUUUCAACGACCACACAAUACCAGCCGAUCCAUCAUUUUACGUGAAUGUUCCCAGUCGUGUUGACCCAAGUGCAGCACCACAGGGCAAGGACGCUGCAGUGGCACUUGUCCCAGUGGGUCAUUUGGUUGACAACAGCGCCUGGGCUGACGACAUGGAUUCUGUUGUGUCUAAAACCCGAGAGAGAGUCAUUGACACUAUCGAAUCUCGCACGGGUGCUCGAGGCCUGCGUGAUUGUAUCAUCUCAGAGCAAGUCAAUACACCAUUCACCUGGAAGGAGAAGUUCAAUCUCCACCAGGGGGCCAUCCUGGGGCUUUCUCACUCUUUCUUCAAUGUACUGAGCUUCCGCCCGAAGACCAAACACGACACCAUCAAGGGACUCUACUUCGUUGGUGCCAGUACACACCCCGGUACUGGGGUCCCAGUUUGUUUGGCAGGAAGCUCUAGCAAGCACUUCCUGGUGAAGCAAGCCCUGCUUGAGACUUCAGUUGUUCAGUUGUCCUGGAUGCAGACCCGAUACGCGCUCCUCCUAGCCGACACCAUGAGCGUCACAAACACUCCCAAAGUUGUGAUGCUCCGUGUUGGCGAACGAACAUUUCACACAACUGCUGAGACCUUGACUGAGAGAAGCGACUACUUCAAGGCCUACUUCUCAGGGAAAUGGACAAUUCCAACCAUGGAAGACGGGUCCAUCUUUAUCGACGCUGACGGCGAGGCGUUUGAACAUGUCAUUCGGUAUCUUCGACGAGGAGUCUUCCCACUGGCAUUUGAUGCAGCAAAAGGACACAACUAUCACCUGUACACGAGUAUCCUGGAGGAGGCAAUAUACUUCCAGUGUCACCGUCUAGUUACUUGGCUCAAGGACCAAUGUUAUCACAAAUGUGUAACCUGGCAUACCUCCGUGAAGGAAGUCGAAGGGGAAGUCGAAGGGGAGACAAUGGCCGUAAUGGGAGAUGGAAGUUCCAGGGCUAUGUCCAUUGUGCGAGCUGCUACCAAAGAAAAGAAAACCUACGUCUGCCCACGUGAAAUAUUUUCACAUUACGGGCAGAAGUGGAAGUGUGGACGUCAGUGUCACAAUGCACAGGCUGGCGAAGAUAUCAAGUAUGAUGUCGAACAUAUACCAUUAUGGCACAUACUGAAAACAGAGCAUAAUUUCAAUAAUGAGUGGAUGACGGACGACGGGUAA